GUGUUGGGCUGCUUAAUGUUAUGAAAAAACUUGACUUUCGUUUUGCUAUGGUUCUAGCAAAUAAAAUAUUAUCGAUGCUGGGAAUCAGCCGAUGCUGCUAGCAUCGCUAGCGGGAAAGAGAGAGACGGCUGUCACUAAGCCGCAGCGCAACGUUUAGCGAACGCGUCCGUUCGGGCCAUUGUAUACCGCCAGCCGUGAUAAAUAUUUGUUUAACACGUAUCUUUUCGUUCCUUCUAGAAAGACCCGAAUAAUAGAAUUUGUUGUCGGAUUGUUUUUCCCGCCGGAUCUUUCUAGAUUCUAGAAGGAUCAGUGUCCUUAAGGUAACAUUUCAUGAGCAGUGAAAAGCAGCAGCAUUCUGGAAAGUAACUAGAUUCGAUGACGUACUUCCGGCGCAAGUUUUUGCUGUUUGAAGUUCAUCCUGUUGAACAGCAAAGCAGUAAAAGCGCUAAAUAGUUAUAUGCAUAUGGACAUAUAUUUGAAAGUAUGGAACCUCCAGAGAUACAAAUGGUAAAUACAUGUGAAGUAUGCGAAAUUAUUGUUGAUGAAAAUGAAAUUCUUCAACAUCCUUGUCUGGAGAAUUAUAAUCGUGUGCAUAUCGAUAACAAUCGCUAUUUUUAUCCAGUGUGUGACAAUGGGACUAUCAUAAGGCACAGUGAUAUAGGCAAUAACACAGAAGCCAUUGUAGAAGACAUUAUCAAUGUUGAAAAUGAACCAUCCACAAGUUCACUUAGUACUCAAGAAACUGAGGAUAUAGAGGAAUUACUUAUCGAAGAAGUAUCUCGAAGAGAAAUUCUCUAUAAUUAUAACAUUCCCAUCACACAGCGUAAUAGACUGGCAAUCAAUGAGCAAUGGCAACAAGUAUCAACAAUGUUAAAUGGCCGAUUGAGUGCAAAAGAAGCUCAAAAGAAAUGGAAAAUAUUGUGAGACACAUUCUGCCGCAAAAUAACUGAAGAUAAGCAGCCCAGCGAAGCUGCAGGAUCAAAGAAAAAAAAAUGGAAGCACUUUGACAGAAUGCUGUUUUUAAAGGAUACUCUCAUUACAAAACAGACGCACAACUCAUUCAGAUAUGAAAGAACCAAAUACAGCAAUUCAGCAAAUUGCAGAUGCUAUAUCUACAAUUGCAACUCCUAUGCAACCGUUAACAUUGCCACCAUCUCCGACCCUAGACGAAGUAGAUGGAUUAUUUUUGAUACUUGGGAGUCAGUUAAGGCAACAAACAGAAGAGCGAAAAAGGACUUUAAUUUUAGAAAUAUUGCAAUUUAUGUAUGAAAAAUUAAACUUCUAAAUGCUAUCUAAUAUUA